CAUAAUUGAGCAAUUAAAAGUAAGUCAAGAAAAUGCGAUGAAUGAUGUUAUAUCUAAACUAGAAAUUUGCAUGGAAAAACAACAAUGUAGCCUUCAAUUCACAACUGGAUUUCUAAACCCAAAUCCAUAUGAUUUAACUCCCACUCUGGUUGCUUUAAUUCAAAGUAAAAUGAAGGCAAAUGAACAAGAUGACAAAGAUUCUAAUGAAGUGAUUGAAAAUGAAUUUGCUUUUGAUUAUUCCAAAUCCUUCACUCAUAAAAUUAAUCAAAGGAUUCUUAAAGCAUAUUUGAUAUUUUACAUGAAAGAAUAUGAAUCUCGAGGAGAAAAUUUUAAAGAAUCGAUUCAUCAGAUUUGUUAUACUUACUUUGGAACAAGAUGUAACAUUUUUAAAACUUCACCUAAAAAAUUAAAGACUAAGAAGAUUAAUAGCCAUCGUAAUAAUAAAACAUUAAAGAAGUUUCAAAUGCGAAGAGAUAUUAUUGAUACACUUGAUAUGAAAAAACUAGGAUAUCCAGUUAAAGAAGUCAAAGCACUAUUUGCAUGGGAGUUAAUUUCACCUGAAAUUAGCGAGGAUGAAGAUACACGUAGUGAUGAAGCUAUACGAGUGCAUGGAAUUAUCGACAAUGAAAUAGAAAAACAAUGUCAAUUAAAAUUACGCAAGAAUUCAAUUGUAACUCCAAAUAAAGCCAGAUUUCACCAAUUAGCACUAUUCAUCCCAGCCUGUCCAACAUUAUCAAACUUUCCACAAUGGGCUAUUAAGUUAUUUGAUAUAAAUACAAUUCUUUCAAAUGCUAUCGAUUCAGAUUCUGAACCUGAAUUUACAAGUCGAGAUGCAAGGAUUUAUAGGGAUAAUAGAAAUUCUAAACAAUCUACCGUUGAUGGCUAUGACAUAGACUUGGCUAUCUCUGCUUCAAAUACUAACUUUACAGAGCUUCCAGAAAACUUUGAGGACGAUUUAAUGAAAUCAUUGAACAAUAUUGAUGAACAAUAUGCAACUUUAUUCUCAAUUGGUGAUAAUGAUCAUGAUAAGACCAAUGAUGAUAUUAUGAAACUGACUAAUCUCACAAAGACUGUAAAACAGCGUAAAUUAAAUAUGGAACUAUUAUCUAAAGAUAAGACCAACGAUGUUAGUAAUUUCACGAAACUGACUGAACCUCCUACGAAAACUAUAAAAUGA